UUCAAGUGAAAGAUUUUAUAAAUGAAAGUUUCAUUUCAAUAUAUACAGAUAUAUAUGUAUAUGUAUAUAAAGAAACAUAGUUUGGAGAGUUAACCGGCAUUUUUAUCUCCUAAUAUAAAAGUAUAGAGGACACAACGAGGAGAUUGUUGAAACCUGUGAAAGGACGACUACUACAUUUACAAUUACAACUACACGACGAGGUGGUUUUAUACGUGAAACGAAAAACUACUUAAGGAAAAAUAACUAAAAAAAAAAGGGGGAAUAACAGUUAUUUGCAACGUGAAAAGUUACUUAAGGAAAAGUAACUAAAAAGAUAACUAUAAAUAUAACUAGAACGGGGAAAUACAGUUAUUUGAUGUUUGAUUGAGUGAACAAAAUUACACAUACACACACAUAAAUAUAUAUAUAUAUAUAUAUAUUAUGGAUGUAAUUUUUAUCUCGUGUUAUACCUAAAAUAUUUUAUCUACAGUUGUGUGGUUAAAUAUAAGAUAAAAAAAAAAAAAAAAGAAAAGAUAAAAUAAAAUUAAUAAGAAAAAUAAUCCAAGAAGAUUUUGGAACGUGAUUUUCUACAUCUGACGUGAAAAAAAAAAAGAAAAUUAUAGAAGAUGAAAUAUUUUUCAAAUAUUGAAAAUUUAGACAUGGGUACUUUGCAACAACAAUCUAUUUUAAAAGGCCGCCAAGUGAACGGGAACGGUGAAGUUGAAUUACUUCACAAAUUGUUCAGUGAGAUUGCAAUUAGACAUGCCGAUGACAUUGCUAUCAUUUUUGAAGAUGUCAAUGGUGAGAUUACUGAAAUAACAUAUAAACAAUUAAACAAAUUAACAAACAAAUUGGCUAGAACAUUGAAAAAAUAUAAUGGUAAUACUGAAAUAACUGGUCAACAAUUAGUAGCAGUUUCUAUGAAACCAACAGAAAAAUUGCCAAUCAUUUUAUUAUCAAUAUUAAAAGCUGGUAUGGUUUAUUUACCAUUGGAUCCUGAAUUUCCAUCAGCUAGGUUGAAACAUAUUUUACAGGAAGCUGAACCUACUUUGGUGAUGAUCGAAAAUGAUGUUAACAAUUCGUUGUAUGAGGGUACAUUAACAAAAACUUAUGAACAAUUAUUGGAAGAGGCAAAGUAUGAAUGUGACGAUGAUUUAAUAUACGAUGAUAAUCCUAAACAAUUGGCUAUAGUACUUUAUACUUCCGGUAGUACAGGAAUUCCAAAAGGUGUGUUGUUACGUCAUUCGACGAUUUUAAAUCGAUUGAAUUGGCAAUGGCGUGAAUUACCAUAUUCGACGGACGAAAAUCGUUGUAUAUUUAAAACUGCAUUAACUUUCGUCGAUAGUGUACCCGAAAUUUGGGGUCCUUUGUUAAAAGGACGUACAUUGGUAGUAAUACCUAAAGAAAUUACCAAAAAUCCUGAAAGAUUCGUACGAACUUUGGAAAAAUACAAGAUAAGACGAUUGGUAUUGGUGCCAUCCCUUUUACGAUCUAUGGUGAUGUAUCUCAAACUUCAGAAUAAACAAAGUGCUCUACUACCUUCUUUGAAACUUUGGAUUUGUUCCGGUGAGACAUUAUCGAUUUCCCAAGCAACCGAGUUUUUUGUAACUUUCCAAGGCGAUAAUAGGAUAUUAGCAAAUUUUUAUGGUAGCACAGAAAUCAUGGGGGACGUCACUUACCAUAUAAUGAAAAGUCUCAGUGAUCUACAAUCGUUGGAAAAGGUACCAAUCGGCAAACCUUUGGACAAUUGCAUCGUUUAUUUGGUUAACGAGGAAAUGCGUUUGGUUCCUCACGGUGAAAUUGGUGAACUGUUGGUUGCUGGUAAAAAUUUGGCAGCUGGUUAUUUACGUGAUCGAGAAUCCCAUAGAUUUUUGGAUAAUCCCCAUGCAAUAGAUCCAGAAUACUCGAGAUUAUUUCGUACCGGUGAUUAUGCAAGAAUCGUCAAAGGAAGUAUGGUAUACGAGGGGCGUGUCGAUUCGCAAGUCAAAAUUCGAGGACACCGAGUUGAUUUAUCCGAGGUGGAAAAAAUUAUUUCGAGACUAUCGGAAAUCGAUAAAGUUGUCGUACUUUGUUACAAACCAGGUGACAUAUCACAGGAAUUAUUGGCGUUUAUAACGGUAAAGGAUGAUACGAAGAUUUCCAAUCGAGAGAUCGAAGUUACAUUGCAAAAGAGAAUGCCAAUUUAUAUGCAGCCGCAAGUUAUAAUCGUUAAUCACAUACCACUUUUAACGAACGGUAAAACGGAUCGACAGACACUUCUAAAGCAAUAUGAAUCAUCUAUGAUAGUUAAUGGAAACAACGAAAUAGCUAAUUGCGAUUAUACAGGUGUAUCUGAAGAAGAUCUAUCCAAAGCUAAAGUAUUGUUUCCCACGAUUGCAACGGUGAUUGGUGCUAGCAGUCGUGGUACGGUUAAUUUAAAUGGAAACUUUUACGAAUUAGGUGGCAAUUCAUUGAAUUCAAUUUAUACCGUUACGAAAUUAAGAGAUCAAGGUUAUUACAUAGGUAUUACUGAAUUUAUUACUGCUAAAACAAUGAGUGAUAUAUUAAGACUGAUGAAACGUAACGUUAACGAUGAUAAUUUGAAAGAGAACAUUGACGAGGAACAAAGAUAUUGUGAAAUGUUGAACGAUUCUCACAAAGAUGAUGCCAUUAAGAUUAUUACAGAAAGUUUUUAUUCUAAAGCCGAUUUAGAACAAUGGUUGAUAGAUGACAUUAAAAGGGAAGAUUAUAAAUUGUUAAUGGACAAAUUAUGGGAACCAUUGGUUGAAAAAGAUUUGAGUUUCGUCGUGAAAUCAUCGCAAAAUGAUCGUGUGAUUGGUGUUGGUUUGAAUUUUGAUCUAUGGGACGAGCCGGAAGUUGAAAUUGAUUCGAAAUUGUCGAUAAUAUUCGAAUUUUUGGAAUAUUUGGAAAAACCAAUUCGUGAGAACAAAUUGCCUAAAGGUACCGGACAAAUUAUACAUAAUUUCAUGAUGGCGACUCAUGCCGAUUUGGCACCUGCCGAAAAUGUUAUUGUCAUGGGAGAAAUGGAGGAAUAUUGUUUAAGAAUUGCUAGAAAGAAGGAAUACGCUGGUAUCUUUACCACAAAUACCAGCCCCUUAACACAGCAACUUGCUAUAGAUGUAUAUGCAUAUGAAACAAUGUUGACGUACCGAGUGAAUGAAUAUGUUGCAUCGGAUAAUUCAAAGCCAUUCUGUAGGGCACCAGACACUCAAGUGGCAAUUUGCUCAUUGAAAAUGAUCGACACUAACUAAACAAGAAGAUGAACAAGAAGAUGAACAAAAAGAAAAAAAAAAAAAAA